AUGGCGACAUACGAUGGCAAAUUUAUAUCUUCUAAAGAUUUUGAUUUUGAUAUUCGUGCUAACAAAAAGCGUUUAACCGAGCUUUUGUUUCCAAUUUCUUCUCGGGCUCCAAUCCAAAGAGAUUCAACAGACUUUCAGGAAUUCUGGAAAUUUGCUGCCAAGCUUCAAUCCUUCCUACUAAUGCACCCAAAUGAGACAGGCUUUACUAAUGGCAGUAGUCGAUAUAAUCGUGUACUUAGACUUAAUCUCCAAACUCGAAACUAUCGCAUAGAGGAUUAUAUGCGACACAGAAUGGGUGAAAUUGGUGGGUCUUAUCGUCAUCGCACUACAGCGCUAACAGAUCGAAAUCUUCUCGCAGCUCACCUCAUGUAUGAUAUGUAUCUCGAUUUCCUAAUGAAACAACGAUGGGCUAAAAUCAAACGCUUAAAACGCGACCGUGAGAACCUUCCUAUUGCUGCAUUUCGUCAGCAAUUGGUUAAUGAAUUGGAUCGACAACAAGUUCUAGUCAUUGCGGGGGACACAGGUUGCGGUAAAUCAACCCAAGUCCCACAGUAUUUAGCCGAGGAGAAAGUUAAUCCUUCAGAUUCUGAAAGCGUUCCUAAAUACAAACGAAUCGCCGUUACUCAACCUCGUAAAAUUGCUUGUGUCAGCUUAGCUGCAAGGGUUAGCACGGAAAUGCUUUGUGAAAAGGGAACGAAAGUUGGCUACCAAGUCAGAUUCGAGAAGCAUAAGUCGAGGGCUACUCAGGUUCUGUUCCUCACUGAAGGUCUUUUACUUCGACAAAUGCAAUCAGACCCAUUCCUCAAGGAAUACGAUGUGAUUGUUCUCGACGAGGUUCACGAAAGGCAUUGGCAGACAGAUUGCCUUCUGGGUCUCAUGAAAUGUCUAGUGAUGGCUCGACCCGAAGUUCGUCUGGUUCUCAUGUCUGCUACAAUCAAUGUCAACCUGUUCGCCAAUUUCUUUAACGACUGCCCAAUUCUCAAAGUGCCAGGACGUCUCUACCCAAUUACAGUGAAAUAUUGUCCGCUUACGCCGGCUGAACAGGCAGCAUCCUUGGAACGUAUUGAUCCAGCUCCCUAUGUCCGUCUACUACAGCAUAUUGACCAAACCUAUGAAGUAUCUGAACGUGGCGACUUGCUCGUUUUCCUUUCUGGUAUGGCUGAAAUCCAAAUAGUGAUGGAGGCAUGCAAAGCCUACGCUGAACAAACCAAACGCUGGAUUGUUCUGCCCUUACACAGUGCCCUUCCUGCGUUCAGUCAAGAAAAAAUUUUCCACACUCCACCCGAUGGUGUUAGAAAGUGUGUCCUUGCAACCAACAUUGCUGAAACUUCUGUCACAAUUGAUGGAAUCAGAUUUGUGGCUGAUUCGGGUAAAGUAAAAGAACUUACCUGGGACGCUCUAUCACGAAUGCGUCGUUUGAAAGAGACCACUGUUUCAAAAGCAAGUGCCGACCAGAGGAAAGGCAGAGCCGGCCGUACUGGUCCUGGGGUUUGUUUCCGAUUCUUUAAGGAGGAGGAAUACAACCAAUUCCAGCCCUUCACAACGCCGGAGAUUCAACGAGUGCCUUUGGAUUUGUUGGCUCUGCAAAUGAUGGCUAUGGGACUUCCUGAUGUGAAGCGCUUUCCUUUCAUUGAGCCUCCUGAAACCAAGUCGCUUGAUGAAGCUCUCGAAACGCUUAUGUCGCAUGGUGCAGCGGCAAAGUGGAGCGAUGCCUCAAUGAAGGAUACUAAAACUGAUCAACCCAUUCGUGAUCGAAUGGUGAUCACUCCAUUAGGCCGUCUCUUGGCUGAACUGCCAGUUGAGUUGGGUAUCGGCCGAGUUCUCGUUAUGGCUGCCCUAUUUGCUGUGGUGGAACCAGUUCUCAGUUUGGCCACAGGAAUGGCUGUGGCUUGUCCGGUUGGUGCUGCACGUAGCGGAGAAGCCCGUUUGCGACAAUCAGAAGCCCUGAAACCCUUUGAAAAUGACAACGGAACCCCAUUUAUGAUUGCUGAUCUAUUUGAUGAAUGGCUUCAGAUCAAAUCCCGUUCAGCUGCCCGAGCUGGUCUCUUACGUAGAGAUGAUGAAGUUGUGGAGGACGAUGAACGAAACAACCCUUCAGCACAACGCUGGGCCCGUCGUUUAGGUUUAGAGGAACAACGACUCUAUGAAAUGGUUCGUUUGAGAGCCCAGUUUUUCCAACUCCUAAGGGAGUCGGGCCUCUGUUCAACAGGGGAUGAGAAGAGUGGUGCUGAAAAGGCUGCAAUCAGCCAUCGCCGAGCUCUUCAACAAGCUCAACAUCGCGAACAUCUGAAGACCAAACGAAGGCGAUUGCUUACGCUUCAUGACAAUGAAGACGGCGGUAGUGGAGGUGAAGACGAAGACGAUCAUGGCGAAUCUGGUUCGUCAGUCAGUGCCUCAGGCAUUGCCAGACUUCACAGUUGGCUUCAAGGUCGAAAGGAUGGUCGUCGAACUGGCGAUCUCGGUUCUUCUCUCGAAGGCACCGGGUUAUCAGUUCGUGAUCUUGAGUUGGUACUGUGCCACGAUCUGGAUAAUCUAUCGCGAUGGGCUGAUAGUCAUCGUAAGCGAACCCGUGCCGAUCUACUUUUGCUCAAAGUAGUUCUUGCUGCGGGACUGUAUCCUCAAGUGGCCAUACCUGAUCCUGCUAAUGCCUAUAGGGUAGCGAAUAAGGGUGGUGCGGCUGGACCAGGUGCGGAAAUGGUAUUUCAUACUCCCACUAAAGCCUUUGUGGCACUACAACCGAAUGAUAUGUUUGUUAAGCAACCGGACUGUCUGUUUCCGCAAAAACGAUAUCAAGAUGAUGAGGAGAGUGAGAUUGCUAAAUCUGCUGAAGAAUCGACAGCUGCAUCUGGGCAAUCUCGACCUCUGGCUAAGGCCGUUGGUAGCCAAUUUGCUACUGAUCAUCAAAUUCUCAUCUAUCUAGAUUUACUGGAGACAACCAAACCCUUCUUGGUGAAUACCAUCCGUGUACCGGCGCUUCCGACACUUCUGUUGAAUGCUCGUGAAAUAGAUGCCAAUGCAAAUGGUACUAGAUUGGUAUUCGAUCGCUGGGUCGAAGUUGUUCUGCUUGAUCCAGAAGCCGCUCAAAGAUCUCUUGCAGCAGCUAUUUGGUUGCGAACUAGUCUUGAACGUCUUUUGCAGAUUAAACUUGAAGAAUCUCAGGGUCGUCGGUUGAAUGUAGCCGAGGAGAGUGGUGAGGACCAUUUAGUUGAUAAGGAGGCAGCCUCUUCAAUAACCUCCAAAUCGUCACAUGCCAGCAAACGGGCUCUGGAGUUUAGACGCCUUCAACGACUACUCUGUGAACAUUUGGCAGCCUUUUUGGGUCAACAGACCUCAGGAUUACAUACUCUUAGGAAACUGAGCGCUGCUGAUUCGAAAAAUCUCUUCACUAUCGCCUCCGCUUCUGAAGAUGGUGCUAGUAAUUCAAAGUCAUAUACUCCUUCGAGUUUAUCUGAAUCUGAUGUUGUUCGCCCAAAUACAGAAAAGGGAGGCUUCCAAGUGACUCCGUAUCUCACAAUUAACUCACUGCGGCCAAUGGAACCCCAACAAGACAAAAAUCUCACUCGACAGCUUCCAAAACCUGAUUUAGAUCAAGAUGACAGUGAUAGUGACAACCUCGAUGCAGAGGAAAAGUUGAGAGAUGAAGAAGGGGCUGCAACAGCCUCGAGUUUGGAAUGUCUAGAUCUCGCCUUACGUCUUCAUCGGCAAAUCAAGUUGGCACUUGACGCAGGUCGCGGUGAGAAGCCUCCACAAAAUUCUUCAUCCAAAGACGAUGGAAGCGAUGAUGAGUGUGAAUUUAUUGACGGCGAGGAUGUGAAUAGGUGUGAGAAAUGCGGCAAACGUCUGCCCAGAAAACCAACAACUGCUGAUAUUCUCAGGCACAGGAAACACUGCACUAAGUGA